UUCUAGAAAUCAGUAUUUUUCCCACUACAUUUAUCUUUUUUAUUUGAUGCAGGCUCCGCUCAAGGGCUCUCAAAAAUUAAAGUAGCCAUAUUAAAACCUUUUGGGGAAGUUUAUAUAUGUUUCCAGUUGCAUUCAAUAAUUUGGAGGGUGAGACAAAUUUGAUUUUUUGUAGGUCCGUUUCAGCAACGCCUUUCUUUGCAGGCAACUUCUGGAAUGGAGGAUGCAGUCUUAAAUUGGCAAAGAUCUUUAACUUACCCUGGAAGAGUCCGUCUAACGUGUUAUCUAGAGUUAUUAAAAACACGGAAUAAAGUAAGACUCCUCUUUUUUUUUUCCCUUGUCUUCAGUAGUUGUACACUCAUCUGUUAUCAUUUCCUGCGCCUGUGCCAAACCCCCUAAACCGGGUGUUGUUAGCGACACAAAAUUCUGGCUUUCUAGGGGACCUCACGGGGCGUGUCGGUAAAUACGGACCACUUCCGAUUGCGCGAAGUCGAGGACCCUCGGAGCCGCGCAAGGGGCCUUGGACCUCGGGGGAGGGCGAGGGGCGGCUGACACAGGUGUCCAGAGAAGUAAGAGUAACUUGCGGAUGUGGGGGCUGCACCGGCCAAAUCCCGCGGGAACUGCCCUCGGGCGGCGGCCGCUCCUCCUGCCCUUAGCUGCCCGCUCUCGGUUGCUAUGGAGACCUGGGUCCUAGGCUAGCUGAGGGCUGCAGGCGGAGGAGGCGUACCUUCCGCGUCCUGAGCCCGUCCUGCGGCUUCGCGUUCCAGAGAUGAUGCUUAAGGUAGAAGAAAAACCAUUUCCUGGAACACCUGAGUUGUGAUCGACGACAGUCAGGGGGCAAACAUGUUACAGUUGAGUGAACUGCAGUAUUCGAACGAAAACAAAGGCGAGGAGAUCUCCCAGCUCGCUUGCCUGUCACUAUCAGAUGACGAAGCAUCCAGCGAAAAAAACUCUGGCGGUGUUCCCGAAAAAGCUGGUUAUCCGGACCCCGUUUACGUUAUGGCAGCGAACAUUUUUCAGGGUAUUCGAAUCGAAAAGUCACCAGAGAAAGUCUUAAUAAAGUACGGGAAUAAACCCCUGCGGUUCUUGUCCGAGUCUGAGGAUGAAUCCUUUCAGCGCUCUUCCUACGAGCUGGCUUUCAGUGCCCUGAAGUAUCAAGAUAUUUUGGAAACUAUAUUAAUAGAUAGCUGUAUCAUUCCAAGUACUACAAUACCAGAUCAUUUGAACAGUCUAAUUAUCGUGAUGCUGUAUGAUUUCCAAGAUAGAAAAUUUCAAGCUCGUCUCCUUGCUGAUCAUGAAGAGUCCAUAGCAGAAGUUCAAGAAGUAGAGAACCUUCUUAAUAGUUUUAAGACAAAAUUGGCUGCAGCAUUGGCAAGAUGUCGAAUCAAACAUGAUGCCCUUUCAAUUUACCACAUUCUUCCAGAAACAGUUCGGAACCAGGAGCUGAGGGCCUCCACUUUGCCACUGUAUGCUUGGAUAAAUACUUGUAAAAUCAGCCCUGAAGAAGUUUAUCACAGUUUGAGGAAAAAAGGCUACAAUAAAGUGAAAUGUGUGUUGCACAUGGGUGGUAAAGUCUUUGCUGUGGACCAGCAUUGCUAUGAUGUCUUAAUUUUUCCAUCUCAUCUUAAAAGUGAUCUUCUAAAUAUAGAUCUUUUCAAAGAUUAUAAACUAAUAUUCCAGGACAAAUCUCGAAGUCUUGCUGUGCAUUCUGUAAAGGCUUUUUUAAAUAUGGAUGAUGAUGUCUUGAUGGUCAAUACAGGUUCGUGGUACACAGUUGCCCAUAUGUCCAUCUUAACAAAUAAUAAUUGCACAAAAGUAUUUGUGUGUGGAGUACAACCACAAACCAAGCAUCCUGACCUGAAGAACCUUUUCACACAAAUGGGAUGUGAAAAUAUUGAAAUACUUCCUGAGACAUUUCUUAACAUUGAAUCUAAAGAUAACAGGUUGCAGAAAGUUAAAGUGAUCCUGCUGCUCCCCCGUUGCUCAGGGCUCGGUAUUAGUAAUCCCGUAGAAUUUAUUUUAAAUGAGCAUGAAGAUACAGAUUUACUUAAAGAUUUCUCUCAAGGAGGCACAUCAGAAGAUAAACUUAAUGUUCUUGCCCAACAGCAAUAUAAACAGCUAACACAUGCAAUGAAAUUUGCUAAAGCUCAAGCAGUCGUUUACUGCACGUGUUCAGUUUACCCGGAAGAGAACGAAGCCGUCGUUAAGAAGGCACUGGAACUUCAAGACCUUGGGACUAAAGUACAACCUUAUAGGCUCAGCCCUCCUGUCCUCCCGCUGUGCUCCUUAAAGGACAUACAGUUGUCAGCUGACAAGUUUUUCAGAAUGGAACCGUCUGAAAUCACCAAUGGUUGUUUCCUUUCUGUUCUAACAAGGGAGCGGGACCCAUCUGAGACAGUGUCUGUGAAAGACGUUUUGGCCCGCGCUGCAGCAAAGGGUCUACUGGACGGGAUUGAGUUGGGUAAACCUUCAAAACGGGAGAAGAAGAAAAAGUCAAAAACAACAUUGCCAAAAGCUUCCGCUACUAAUACUAACAGCAUUCAAUUGAAAAUUGCUGCGUUCCUGAAUCGAGAAGCUAAUGCAAAUAUUAAUCGGUCAGAGACAUCGACAACGAAAACACCUCUCGCACAGAAAAGUACAACUCAAGUGGGUUCUUCCUCACAGGUCAGAAAACCCAAGCCUGCCACCAGCCCCUUAGCGCCCGCCUUCGCGAAGAACGCGCCUCCCUCCAGAUCCUAUGAACGGCGCUCCAACUUCGUGAGACCUCGCCCAGAAGACAGGAUGGUUGUGCUGAAACCUGUGGAGAUUGUUUUGCCUCCAGUGUCGUUUCCAUAUGCAGUCCCUCAAGGGAUCAGACCUCAGGCACUAGCUCCACGAUUUUACUAUCGCUGGGCUGGACCCAAGCCUGUUAUGUCUGGUUACCUUCCCGCCACAUCGCUAACCAGAAAAGGGGAAAAACCUAAAAACUCACCUUCCUCCCUACUCAGACGUCGACCAUGGCUUUGACGGUCUUGGGUAUGUGUUUGUUUUUUUUUUUUUAAACAGGGGUCAGGAGCAGUUGAUUUUUUUCAAAGUCUGAUAUUUCUUUGAAGGUUAGACAUUCCUACACAAAAUACUGAUCCUUUCAGUCACUUAAUACCUUUAAGAGAAUUAAGACAAAUGAGAAACAGUAAUGUAGGUGGUUAAGUAAAGCAAAAUUCAGAUUUCAACAGCUCAGUGCUGAUCUGUUCUAGAAUGCUCACCUGUACACUCAGUUUCAGCUGUUAAAACUAGUCUCACUCUUGUUAACUUUCAAUGUGGAUUUAGGCCACCACUUUUGAACAUUUUCAGUCAAUAUCAAGGUUCAUGUGUUUCUUAAUAUAAAAAUAUUCUUUAAGCAAGGGAUGCUAUGAGUUUUGUAAUGUGAUUGAGGUUGAGUAUGAGUAGGAAGAACAGGAAGCUCCAGAGUCCCAGGUGUGGUAGUUCACAUGUCCAUUCACAGAGUGGAAACUGCUUCCAACGGAAGAGCUUCCAGGACCCGGAGCAGAUUGAACAUAGUCAGCUCUCCCUUCUAUUUAUGCCCAAUGCUAUUAUAAAAAAAAGUGACUGUAAGCAAAUUUCUAUCUAAACGGUAAUAAUUCUGAGUAAGAGGCAAACUAUUCAAUACAACUGACACCUAUCAUCGAAGAAACCCAUAAAAAUUUGAUUCUAUUCAAAGAUCAGGUCAAAUAUUGAAAUCUACAUGUCAUUCCAAAUGGCUCACAGUAAUCAAAUUUUGGUAAUUCAUUUCUGAUGCACAAUUAAAAUAUAGCACUAUGUUAAUUUUAUUAAAAAUCUAUCUUGAAUGUAUCAUUUGUCUACCAAGAUUUGGUAUGAUUAUCAUUUCUGGGUCUAUUGACUUUCCUACAUCAUGGCAAAAGAAAUUGCUUGACUGACAUUAAAUCGAGUAAGUUACAACUAUAAACCCUAUUGUUCGGAGACACAUUCAUAAAGUUUGAAUUUAAAGUUCUGUUUUCAGAAUCCAGUUGUGUUGAACAGUGUUAUGUAAAUUUCUACAUGUUCAGUUGAGGUGCCAUGAUUUUGGUAGAAUAUUACCUCCUUCCACAGGGAUGUUUAGGUCUGUUUCAGCUCUAAUGUUCUAUUCUUUGUUUCUCACUUGAAGUGAAGAUAAAAAUGGUGCAUGUCAGUGAAGAAAGGAAACAAAACUUUUUAUACUUGAACCAGACAUAUUUUAAAUAGCAAAAAAAUUCUCACGUUAAUUAUG